AUGUCUGAGAAACCAUUUAAAGGAUUUACUUAUGGGAAAGUCAUAAUUAAAUAUGGCGUCUUCGUCUGGGCAUGGCCUCCCGGCCAUGCAGCCUCGACUCAUAUUUAAUUAUAUCCGGCAAGGUUUUGCCAGCUCAGAGAGGGACAGCAAUGCUAGGUAAGCAAUUCUGGUUGUGUUCAGAGCCUAGCCCAAGUCUAUUCUCAGAGUUGGUUUUUUCCUCGUGGGGAAGGAAGGCAUGUCGGUUGGAAAGGGGAAGCCCAGCAGAGUCCUAAGGACCAAUCGGGCAACUCCCUAGCGUGAAACUGGGCGUUACGUCCCAGGCUGCAUGUUUUUCCUUUUUGCCGAGAGCCGACCAGAAAAUCCAUUUUUGGAUUUUCGGAAAGGCAACCCAUGUCCAGAUGCAGUAGCUCACUCGUGAGCCGUCGAAGCCGGUGACAUUUGCCCUAGGCGCACCUUGGUGAUCGAGACGGGUUGGCCCAGCAACUCGUGGGCCCGAUGCGGCGAAAGGCAAGUGGCGGGUCUGGGAUAGUCUACCCCGUAGUGGACGUUAAACGUUAUAAUUAAUAGUUAGUUACUUAGUUAGUUACUUAUGGGAAAGUCAAAGAAAAAAGUAACCAACCUAAAGUACAGCUUGAGUUUAUGAAUUUGCUACUUGAAAUAGUUAGUAAACUGCCGCAAAAGAUUUCACUGAACAUCCCAGAAACUAUUAUUUAUGGCUGCGGAAACCAAGACCCACAUAUGAUUUUUACAAAUGACUUAGGCCAUUUGAUAUCUAUCAAAGCAUCCAAAACCAGCUUGUAAUCUUUAUUCAGAAUCCAUCGAUUUUUUAAAAGGUGCUACUAUAUGAAAAGAAAUCCUUUUCCAGCUAUACUUUUUCAUACUAAAUAUUCAAAAAUACUAAAAUUAGCUAAAAUUAAAAGGUUUAUCAUAAAAUAGAGAAUAUAGCCGGGACUUGUUUUUGAUCUCCCUGGCUAGUCAUUGCCAUCUCAACCUGUGGGGUUUAAUCAGGCAAUAUCAGUUGCCAAAUCAACCCCAUAAGUUGGCAAGUGGCCAUAUAAGUUUUAUUAUCAACUUUGGGGCUGACUUAGCAACUGAUGUGCCCGGGUAAGCUGAGAUGGAAACGAAUACCCAGGGCGAUCCAAAGCAGGCCCUUUUUAUAUAAUAUAUAAAUAUGAUAAAGGGAGUUUGAUGGAUUCUUGUAAAGCAAUGAUGAGUGCUAAAGAAGGCCUUAAACUGUGAAAAACAAAAAUAACAGCACAAGAGCCAAUUUUAAUUCAAAGAUAUAUACCGCCUUGCGCGAUGUAUACAUCCAAAGUUCGAGUAUUUUAUGCUCCUGCAAAAGGAGUUGUGCAAUGCAAAUUAAUGAGGAAUAGAGUCAGCAUUAAUGGAGAAGUGCUUAACAGCGUUAGAGGGACGCCAAAGAGUAAGAGAUUUAUCGUUCUUGAGGAUGAAAAUCAGCAAUCUGUUAGUAAUGAUGAAAAAUUUUUGGUCAAGAAAUCAGAAUUCUUAGCUAUUGAUGAAUCAGAGAUUCCUUCUAAUUCGUCGAUAAACAGUCAAUUAGAAUCUUUAAAAAUGAUAAUUGAAAAAGCAAAUUUGUACGGAAAAAUCAACGUUUUGGAAAUAUUGGCUGAUUUUAUUCAAGAUUGUGAUGAAAAUUGGUAUUUCAUCAAUAUGAUUGGAGCCAAGACUGAAAAAUUGAUAUCAAGAAUCAGCCCAGCAUUUUAUCGCGAAAAUAAGCAUUCUAAGUCGAUAAGCACAGAAGCUCCGUCAAAAUAUUCACUUCCUACAAAAACUUCUUCUCCUUUAAUUAUCCUCAAUUCUUCUCCGCCCACAAAAACCCCAGGAGUUCGAAUAAAUCAAAAUUUAUCGCUAAUUGCCGGUCGCCGAUCUUUAAUGACUAACCCUUCAUUUGCUAAUCAUAAAAGAACUCCCGAGAGCACACCUAUAGCAAAAAAGAGAAAAUCUCACAGCUUUACAAAUUUAUCUGCUGAAAUUAUCAAAGAAAGUUUACUCCAAAAAAGCAGCGUAUCAGUGCUAAAAAAUGAAAUUAUUAAAGAUUUAUCAUUUCUCUCAAAAAAUAGGUCUUUUUCCUGCUUACCAUCAAAACACAGAAAGCAAGCCACCCGAAAUACUAUUGCAAAAUCUCAUAAGGCCCGAACUCUUAGCAAAAGCUUUGAAGCUCUUUGCUAA